AUGGUCACCUCUACAGCUCAGUCGGGGGGCGACGAUGGGAGGGCCCGGGCCUUGCAGGCAUAUGUUGCCAAGGUGAAAGAGCACCGAGAAUGCGAAGCGAAAGUAAAGAAGCUUCGCGACGAAGUGAAAAGGCAGUCUGUCCGUUACGACAAAACCGAGGAUGACCUGAAGGCGCUUCAGGGCGUCGGCCAACUUAUUGGGGAAGUCCUCCGGCAGCUCGACUCCGAAAAGUUCAUUGUGAAGACCUCGAGCGGUCCCCGCUACAUGGUGGGAAGCAAGCCGAAGAUUGACAAAGCUUCGUUGACGGCCGGCACCCGCGUCGCGUUGGACAUGACGACUCUGACAGUGAUGAAGAAGCUCCAGCGCGAAGUUGACCCACUGGUUUUCAACAUGCUUCACGAAGACCCUGGAAGCGUGCAGUACGGUGAAGUUGGCGGUUUGAGCGAGCAGAUUCGUCAAAUGCGGGAGGUGAUUGAGCUGCCUCUCACCAAUCCCGAGCUCUUCAAAAGAGUCGGCAUCAAAACUCCGAAGGGUGUGCUCUUGUACGGGCCGCCUGGAACCGGAAAGACGCUCCUCGCUCGCGCCAUGGCGUCGAACAUGAACUGCAACUUCAUGAAAGUGGUGGCAUCUGCGAUCGUGGAUAAGUACAUCGGCGAAAGCGCUCGCGUCAUUCGAGAGAUGUUUGCUUACGCGCGCGACCACCAGCCGUGCAUCAUCUUCAUGGACGAGAUUGACGCUAUCGGAGGCCGCCGGUUCUCGCAGGGCACAUCUGCGGACCGCGAAAUUCAGCGCACACUCAUGGAACUCCUGAACCAGCUGGAUGGUUUCGACGAACUCGGUGCAGUCAAGAUUAUCAUGGCGACCAACAGACCAGACGUCCUCGACCCAGCUCUCAUGCGUCCUGGUCGACUCGAUCGGAAGAUCGAAAUUCCGCUGCCAAACGAAACUGCACGUGUCGAUAUCUUGAAGAUCCAUUCCAGCAAAAUCGCCAAACAAGGAGACAUCGACUACGAGGCGAUCUGUAAGCUGUGCGACGGAUUCAACGGCGCCGACUUGCGCAAUGUUUGCACUGAAGCCGGCAUGUUCGCGAUCCGAGCGGAGCGAGACUACGUCAUCGAAGAAGAUUUUUUCAAGGCGGCGCGGAAGCUCGCAGAUAACAAGAAAUUGGAAAGCACCAUCGACUAUGACGUUUGA